GCGGGAGGAUCGUUACUGUUUUUUAAUACUGUUGUUUUUUUUCUUGUUAAAAUGCCUAAGAACAUCAAUGAGGAGAAAGUGAAGAAGGUUGUGAUAGGUGACAACAUUUCUGAUCUGGUCAGCGGCUGCCAGAAGUAUCAGCUGUUCCAGUGCUUACUAAUUUUUAUCCCAGUCAUUUUCGUUAGCAUGAGCAACACCAAUUUUGUAUUCUCUGCCGCCGCUACAGAAUAUAGAUGUUUAGUACCACAAUGUGAGACGAUAAAUUCUUCGUUCCCUCCAAAAUGGUGGCCAUCAUCGGUAGAAGACUACAAAUGCUCUAGACCUAUAUUCAAACACAACAAAACAUGUGAUCCUGAUGCUGUCCUAGGCACAGACACUUGCCACGACUGGGUUUAUAAGGAUAAUAAUUCUGUAGUUACUGAGUUUGGUCUCGCAUGCCAGGAACUGAAGGUAACUAUGAUUGGCACAAUUCACAAUUUGGGUGUGCUGGUGGGAAUGCCGAUCAUAGGCCUCAUCAAUGACAGAUGGGGACGUAAAACUGGCGUCAUUUUGAACAGUGUUUGCCUCUGUAUUGGAGCAUUGAAGACUUUGACCAGCAAUUACAAUCAAUAUGUCGUGAUCGAAUUUUUCGAAGCCGCUUUGGUUACUGGCGCCUACACCAGCUGCUAUAUUCUCCUUGUAGAGCUAAUUGGAACUGACAAAAGAAUAAUAGCAUCGGCUUUGUUGGGACUCGCGAUUUGCUCGGGUGAAAUUAUUUUAGCUUUCAUCGUAUAUAACUUUCCCUACUGGAGACACUUCCAACUUAUCAUCGCUUUUCCUGGUCUUAUAUUCCUGACUUACGUCAUUUUCCUGGAGGAAAGUAUGCGGUGGCUUCUAACUAAUGGAAAAACAAAAAAAGCCGUGAGAUUACUGGAGAAAAUUGGGAAUUGGAAUCAGUUUUCCAUCCCAGAAAAGGCUAUGGAUGAAAAGAGUUUGGCAGCAGAAAAAGAUGGUGGUUCAAAAGAGGAGUUUCACGUGAAACUUUUGUUUAGAUAUCCUGCAAUAUUUAAAAGGUUGAUCGUUUGUGCAUGUUGGUGGUUUUCCGUAUCCCUUGUAUACUAUGGUCUUAUCUUCAGUUCGGUUUAUCUUCCGGGAAAUAAGUAUACAAACUAUGCUCUCUCUGGAUUCAUAUCUAUAUUUGGUGAAUUUAUACCACUACCUCUACUAAACCGAAUUGGAAGGAAGAAAACGUUUAUUGGAUCGUGUUUCAUAGCUGGAGUGUGUAAUGUCGCUCUAGCGUAUAUUCCUCCAGUAUAUAACAUACCACAGCUAAUAGUGUUUCUAGUAGGAAAGAUGUCGAUGACAUGUUGCUUCAACACCCUGUAUGUUUACACGUCAGAACUAAUGCCUACUUCCGCUCGAGGGUUCCUGAUGGGCACGUGCUCUAUGGUCGCCAGGAUCGGGACUGUCCUUGCCCCUCUCGUCUUGCUUUUGGGUCAAAAGUACAAAGCUCUUCCUUCGUUGUUGUUUGGUUGUGCUUCUUUACUGACUGCAGCGUUAGCGUUCACAACUCCUGAGACUUUAAAUCGACAACUACCAGACACCAUAGCUGAAGCCAUCUCUUUAGCGUAAUCUAAUUUCUUCUCUCCAAGCUACGUAAGAUUGAAAUAAUGAAAGAUUUAUUUACAAAUAAUUUAUUGUAAUAGUCUGGUGUAUUUACAUUAUAAGAAAAGAA